GUCCUGCAUCUCCAAUAUGGAAUGUAUGUUUGGCCCUGUGCUGUGGUCCUGGCCCAGUACCUGUGGUUUCACAGAAGAUCUCUGCCAGGCAAGGCUGUCUUAGAGAUAGGAGCUGGAGUGAGCCUUCCAGGAAUUACAGCUGCAAAAUGUGGUGCCGAAGUAACACUGUCAGACAGUUCAGAGCUGCCUCACUGUCUAGAAGUCUGUCGGCAAAGCUGCCAAAUGAAUAACCUGCCACAGGUGCACAUUGUAGGACUAACAUGGGGUCACAUGUCGCAGGAUCUUCUGGCUCUACCACCACAAGAUAUUAUUCUUGCAUCUGAUGUGUUCUUUGAACCAGAAGACUUUGAAGACAUUUUAACUACAGUAUACUUUUUGAUGCAAAAGAACCCCAAGGUCCAGUUAUGGUCUACUUACCAGGUAAGAAGUGCUGACUGGUCACUUGAAGCUUUGCUCUACAAGUGGGAUAUGAAAUGUGUCCACAUUCCUCUGGAGUCUUUUGAUGCAGACAAGGAAGAUAUAGCAGAAUCUGCCCUUCCAGGAAGACAUACUGUUGAAAUGCUGGUCAUCUCCUUUGCAAAGGACAGUGUCUGAAUUACACCUACAAGCUGUUUUGGGACAAGGUCAAUACUGAUUAGCAACCUGGUAUGCCAACUACGACUCAAACCACUUCAGCUUCUUGAGUACAAGCAGUACCAUCUGAAGAUGGUCAGAUCUGCUGGCCUGAGAUUAUGGUGGGUCAUCUAGACAACACUCAUGGGUUAUGUAGCCAUGAAAACAAAAAUUAAAACAUCUAUAAGAGAAAGGACUUGGAUUGUUCCUAAGUCAUCAAAAUAGGGCCUAAGUUAGGUUAUGAGAGAAGGAGGUACCCACAACCUCGACAAAGUGCUAUCUUAGAGCACUGCUUUUAGGGAUAGUGGGUGCUGAACUGGCAUUUCUACUUUUUAACUUAGGAAAAAAGGUCAGUUACUAGACGUUUAACUUUCAUACUAUACACUCAGUAACAUUAACAAGAUAAUUACACAGGUCUUUUGAAUAAAGGGGGGAAAAAAAAGACCAAGACAUAUUCUGAGAAAAGCUAACACCAAGAAAACGUUUUAAUUAAACUACAGCAACAAUGGUCAUAAUACAGAAUGUUCAAUAAUGAGCAAAAAGAUACACCAUGUUAUAAAGUACUUACAAAGUUACAAACCAUUUGCUUCCUUAACAUUUUCCGUAUUUUAAGUUCAUACAUGAAGAUGAUCAGAUUUACCAUUUUUAGGGGAGAGAAAAAAAAAAAAGGUGUAUUUAUCAUCAGCUAGAUGUGCUCACUGUAUGCUCCGUUAUUUAUAUGCAAGGCCCGGGUGACUGGAAGUGCAGUUGUCAGGCAUUUUAAUAAACUGGACAGCCAUUUGUUUCUGCACGACAAGGCAUCUUUACACAGGAGCAAUCAGGAGAAAACAGGAAACAGCCAAGCACUCUGCACUGCAACACGCCACCUUAACAGCUAACCAGCAUUACUCAACUGCUACACAACUGCGCCUAGUGCACAAAAAUACAUAAGAGAAGAGAUUAGAAUUGUGUUUGGUAAACAAUCCUUGCAAAAAAAAAAUCAAGUCUUUUCACCUGAAAAGUCUUUAUACAAAUUUGGGUUCAGAUUACCAUUUAGAUCUGAAAGUAAAUAACAUAUACAAACAAAUUUACACCAACUUUUGAAGGUUUUUAAUUUUAAUGAAUGAAGGCAAUGUUGAGUCAAUCUCUUGACAGCUUUAGGCUGUGCGUAAUGGCUGCACACGUUUCCUUAAAAGUCAGGAGGCCACAAAUUAGGUUACCAAUCUGUUUAAUUUCAAACAAAAAAAGUCAGCACUAUAUAAACAAAAAGGAAA